AUGAAGUAUCUAACGAUUGAUCCAACCAAAGCGCAGCAUCCCACUAGAGAUCAUACUGCUCAGCUCCCCACCUCGCUUCCCGCAGAGGCGAAAACACUGCACCAUCCCACCAAACCCGGCAGCGAAAAUGCAUCAUUGUACUUCGUGGGCACAGCCACAACCAUUUUGUACCUCAAAUCCCACCAACAUCUCAAGGUCCUGCUAAUCGAGCAUAGAGAAUGGGAGGGCAUCCGCAUAAUGACCGAUCCGGUAACGGGCACACGCGUCACGAACCCAGCCUUCGACCUGCACGAACUCCCCCGUAUCGAUCUCGUGCUUCUCUCCCAUUAUCAUGCCGACCACUUCGACCAAGAAGUCGAAGCCUCCCUGCGCAGGGACUUACCCAUCAUCUCAACGCCGCACGCAAAGGCGCAUUUGGCGACGAAACCUGAUGGCGAGGCGUUCACGGCGGUGUACGAUAUUGGGUUUUUUGAGGAGAUGUUUGUGGAUGUCAAGAGUGCUGGUGAAACUGGUGGGAGAAAGCCAGGCAUCAAAGUGAUAGGCAUGCCAGGCAAGCACGUCCCGAGCGGUGGCUUUCUGGGGACGGCGAAUGAUAUUAUAAAAGCUGUUCGUAUCCUCAUCUAUAUUUCAGGCGACACCCUCCUCUGCCCCGAACUCCAGGAGAUCGCAGACCGCUACUCGCACCUCGGCAUCGAUCUCCUCCUACUCCAUCUUGGGGGAACUACGGUGCCGAGUCCGUCACUGCCUCUGCUGAUGAUUACGAUGGACGCGAAACAAGGCGUUGAAUUGAUUAGGUUGGUUAAGCCGGAUGUGGCUAUUCCGAUUCAUUAUGAUGAUUAUGAUGUGUUCCUAUCGCCAUUGUCGGAUUUUGAGAAAGCCGUGAAAGAGGCGGAAUUGGAGAAGAAAGUGGUGAUUCUGGAUAGGAAGGAUAAGGGAAGUAGAGAGAUCAAUGACCGAGUGCCGAUUAAUUGCAACGUCGGGAUUACUAUUCAUUUAAGAUUCAAGCAAGCACUCAUCACAAUACUUGAAUAUUGA